AACAAUAUGACUGAAGAAAGCAUAUUCAUUUUUGUACCAAACAUAAUUGGAUAUGGUAGAAUAUUUCUAGCCAUAAUCUCAUUUUAUUUCAUGCCUACAAAUUAUGUGGUAGCUUGUUCUUGUUAUGUGACCUCAGCCCUUCUUGAUGCAUUUGAUGGACAUGCUGCCAGGUAUUUUAACCAGAGUACAAAGUUUGGUGCUAUGCUUGAUCAGCUAACUGAUAGAUGUGGCACAAUGGGUUUGGUAGCAGUUCUAGCACAUUUCUACCCAAAAUACAUGUUUCUGUUCAUCAUGUCCAUGUGUAUUGAUAUAGCCUGUCACUGGAUCUUCCUUCAUACCUCUAUUCUGCAGGGAAAAACAAGCCACAAAUUUGUGGAUAUGUCAGAAAACCCAAUAAUGAGUGUGUAUUACUCUAACAAGACUGUUUUAUUCAUCAUGUGUGCAGGAAAUGAAGCCUUUUAUGCAUCUUUAUAUUUGUUGCAUUUUGUUGAGGGCCCAAUGAUUGCAGGUUUGGGCUUAUUCAAAAUAAUACUAUUCCUCUCUGCUCCAAUUUGUCUUGUGAAGACAGGCAUAUCUCUUCUGCAUCUUAUAGUUGCUUCCAAGAAUCUGGCAAUCAUUGAUAUUAAUGAAAGGAAGAAUAUCAUGAAGAAGGCUUACUAAGAAUAGAAACUCUAGUGAAAACUAUUGUUUCCAACUCUUUUCCAGUAAUUUAGUUUUAUGACAACCAUUAAAAUAAUUGCAUUUACAGUGCUAGUCAUUUCUCAUCUAAUAGAUGCUGUAAUUUGGAAUUUCCAAAAGUGUAUUCUUGUAGAAAGGUUUUACUUGUUUGCAUGCAGUGGUGGCUGAAUAUGAUUUUUCAAGUGGAGUAACUCUUCCACAGAUGGAACUGUUUUCAGUUAGGAUGUUCAGGUUUGGUACAUACUCUUGAAAACAAAAUUCAUAUCUGAUGUGCUCAUCAAUUUUUCACUAUGAACUAGAAUGAAAUGAUUGGUCUUUUCCAAAAAAUUAACAAUAUAAUAAUUGAAUCAAUAAAAAUUCAAAUGAUAUCCAACAAUUUUAAAUUUGGUAAAUAAUUCUUACAUGGGAUUAAUGCCUAUCAUUGCUCCUUUGGCACCAGCUGCUACUGUUUGCUUGGUUUAACUUUAUCUGAAUUUUGAAUAAAAGUAUAAGUAGGUAGGGACCCAUAGUUAUAUUUAUAAGGUACUUAUAUGAAUCCCUAAAUGUGAUAUUUUAUUGUUGUUGAUGUGUAAUCGAAUAAAAUUUUAAAUGUA